CUGGCGAAAAUGGCGACGGUUAUUAUUAUGGGCCCAUCUGGCUGUGGAAAGACGACAGUGGCUAAUUGCCUUCAUCUUCUUACAAAUUGUACCUACCUCGAAGGUGACGAUUACCAUUCACCGGAAAACGUUGCCAAGAUGGCUUCUGGUAUACCUUUAACUGAUAACGACCGUCAACUAUGGUUACUCGCUCUUCACAGUGCUAUCUCCAAAGCUCGACAGUCAUCAGCCUUUGUUGUGGCAACCUGCUCCGCAUUGAAGCGCCAGUACAGAGCAGUUCUCGACCAACCUCCCAAUUCUGGUGUUCUUUUCGUCUUCCUCAAUUGUCCCAAGGAUGUUUUGGUAGAGCGGGUUAGUUCAAGGAAAGACCAUUUUUUGCCAUCCUGCUUAGUUCAAAGCCAAUUAGACACCCUUGAACCUCCAAGCAGCGAGGAAGAAAACGUAUUGUUAGUCGAUUCAACACUUCAACCUAAGAUUAUUUCGGCACAAAUUUUGUCCAGACUUGGUUAUUCUGGAUACUGCAAUAAUAACAAUAAAUAA